AUGAGCAAAGGCUCGUUGCUGCCCAUCUUGGGCCUCGCCCUCGCCGGUCUUCUCGCCGGCGGUGCCACGGAAUUCGUCGCGUUCCUUCUCGCCAAGGACAGCUCUCUUCGCACGUUGGCGGAGACUUGCAACCUUGCAUCGCGCAAAAAGCUGCGCACCGACCUCACACACGGCGCACUGCCGUUGCUCGACAACACGCUUUGCACCACGAUGGGCUUCUUCCGCCAAAGCAUGCACAAGCGCCUCAACGUCGGCCUCUUUGCCAUCAUGGUUGCCUUCACCUUGCCUCUGUCCUACCGCCUCUCCUUCCAGGCUGUUUCUCCUAAUCGCAAAUCCGCUUUCAACGGAGGAAUCGUCCUGGUCCUGCUCAACACGGUCGGCGCUGCAUUGGGCUUGGGUCCUUGGUCGUGCAUCUUUUUCGCCCUCGCGUACCUGCCGGCGGCGUACAGCUCCAUGAAGGUGUCCAAAGCGUCGGUGCUUCCUGUGCCUACGCCCGCCUCCAACAUCUACAUUGCCAACCUGCUUCACGUCGGUAUCGGCCUGAUUGCAGCCAUCACCGUAUUCAGCGAGCCAACUGGUGCGCUUUGGAACCACGCUGCGUUGCUCGUCCAGUUUGCAGGAUUGGCUUAUCUUCCUAUUGCAUGGGUCAGCUUCCGCACGCCCAAAGUCAACGAUGAAGCCACCUCGCGCAGCGUCAUUCGCAGAUACGAUGCUGAAGGCGUCAGCUACGCCUUCGAACGAACCUGGUCGUACUACCGCAAGAUGGCCGCUUUCUCCACCGUCAUCUACUGGUACGGUCUCAAUCGUGUGCUCCGCGGCCUCUUUUUCGAGGGAGAGUCGUUCGACGCGGUAUCGUUCUUCUGGUUCGGCGACAUCGCCGGUGCAGUAAUCGCGACGCUCUUGCUCGUCGCGGCUGAACAGCUGACUUUCAGGAAUAAAGCGGCGAUCCAUCCCGUCACGGGCGUGGCUAGGUCGUCGCUCGAUAUUGAGUGCGAUAAGGCUAUCGUCAAGGCUCCGGCCGGUUCGCCGUGGUUGGAGAAGACGACGGUCGGGCUGAUCACGGCUGCGUUGGUGGGUGGACCUGGAUUUGCGGCGAGCAUGUGGUGGUGCAGCGGCGAGGAGGAGUUGGGAUGGAAGGCGCGCAAGUCGUGGAGAGAGACGGUUGCCGUCGAGGGAAAGAAGGGCCAGUGA